GGCUCCAGGUCCUGCAGAGAACAGGCCAUUGCACCUGAUGGGCAAGAGCAGCAGGACUUCAGGGACCAUGGCCAGGGCUGGCGAGUCGGGGGAGCUUGUGAAGGGGAGGCCCAGGAACUCCCCUGGGCUUGCCAGCCACCUGGGGGCCUAGUGACUGGGCAGAGGUGCAGGGGGUGGUGCUCAGAGAGGUGAGUCCCUGGGUUAAUCAUCGCUGUAGCUCAGAUAAGGCCCUGCCAGCUGGAAGUGGUCAUUGCCACCAGUGGAGUUUGCAUGGCUGAAGAGGCAGGCAGGACAGGGCUCCCACAGAACGGGACCAUGCCAGGCACGAAACGCUUUCAACAUGUGAUUGAGACCCCGGAGCCUGGCGAGUGGGAGUUGUCUGGGUAUGAGGCUGCUGUGCCAAUCACAGAGAAGUCAAACCCACUGACCCGAGACCUGGACAAAGCGGAUGCAGAGAGAAUUGUGCAGUUGCUGGGGCAAUGUGAUGCGGAGAUCUUCCAGGAGGAAGGGCAAGUCGUGCCCACGUACCAGCGACUGUACAGCGAGUCAGUUCUGACCACCAUGGUACAAGUGGCUGGGAAAGUUCAGGAAGUGCUGAAGGAGCCUGACGGGGGGCUGGUGGUGCUGAGUGGAGGAGGCACUUCUGGCCGGAUGGCGUUCCUCAUGUCGGUUUCCUUUAACCAGCUGAUGAGAGGCCUCGGACAGAAACCUCUUUACACCUACCUCAUUGCAGGAGGUGACAGGUCUGUGGUGGCCUCUAGGGAGGGGACAGAAGACAGCGCUCUGCACGGGAUUGAGGAACUGAAGAAGGUGGCUGCGGGGAAGAAGAGGGUGAUCGUCAUCGGCAUUUCAGUGGGACUCUCUGCUCCCUUUGUGGCAGGCCAGAUGGACUACUGCAUGGAUAACACAGCUGUCUUCUUGCCAGUCCUGGUUGGUUUCAAUCCAGUGAGCAUGGCCAGAAAUGACCCCAUUGAAGACUGGAGCUCAACAUUCCGACAAAUCGCAGAACGGAUGCUAAAAGUGCAGGAGAAACAGGAAGCUUUUGUGCUCAACCCUGCGGUUGGGCCUGAGGGUCUCAGUGGUUCCUCCCGGAUGAAAGGCGGAAGUGCCACCAAGGUCCUGUUGGAAACCCUGUUAUUAGCAGCGCACAAGACGGUGGACCGGGGCAUUGCAGCCUCUCCAAAAUGCCUCCUGGAAAUCCUGCGGACAUUUGAGCGGGCUCAUCAGGUCACCUACAGCCAAAGCCCCAAGAUUGCCGCCCUGAUGAAGCAAGUCAGCAGCAGCCUGAAGAAGAAAGGCCGUGUGCACUUGGUCGGCUGGCAGACCCUGGGCAUCAUUGCCAUCAUGGACGGAGUUGAAUGCAUCCACACCUUUGGCGCUGAUUUCCGAGAUAUCCGUGGCUUUCUCAUGGGUGAUCACAGUGACAUGUUUAACCAGAAAGCUGAACUCACCAACCAGGGUCCCCAGUUCACCUUCUCCCAGGAGGACUUCCAGACUUCCAUCCUGCCCUCCCUCACAGACAUUGACACUGUGGUCUUCAUCUUCACUCUGGAUGACAACCUCUCAGAGGUGCAGACACUGGUGGAGCAGGUGAAAGAGAAGACCAGCAACAUCCAGGCCCUGGUGCACAGCACUGUGGGGCAGUCCCUGCCGAGCCCCCUGAAGAAGCUCUUUCCUUCCAUCAUCAGCAUCACAUGGCCACUGCUCUUCUUUGAGUAUGAAGGGAACUUCAUCCAGAAGUUCCAGCGUGAGCUCAGCACCAAAUGGGUGCUGAAUACGGUGAGUACAGGGGCCCACGUGCUUCUUGGGAAGAUCCUACAAAACCACAUGUUGGAAAUCCGCAUUAGCAACUCCAAGCUCUUCUGGCGGGCCCUGGCCAUGCUGCAGCGGUUCUCUGGACAGUCCAAGGCGCGAUGCAUUGAAAGCCUACUCCAAGCGAUUCACUUUCCUCAGCCGUUGUCAGAUGAUAUUCGGGCUGCUCCCAUCUCCCGCCACAUCCAGGUUGCACACUGCAAAGAUCAGGUGAUUCCCGUAGCCUUGCUGAGCCUCCUAUUCCGGUGCUCCAUCCCUGAGGCUCAGGCGCACCUGGCUGCGGCUGCUUCCAUCUGCGAGGCUGUCAGGAGCGCCCUCACUGGGCCCGGCCGGAAGCGCAGCGCGGACCCCCAGGAGGCUCCGGAACCUGCUGUGCAGUGAACUGAUGUUUCCGGGCGUGUGAAGACGGCCCAGCCAGCGGGGUCCGAGGGGACUUGUGCCAGCAGCACAUGUGAUGGGAGGAAGAAGCCCAGUUUCCAGGGGUACCUACAGCUCAACAUGGGAAGAAAGAGUCUGACCACCCUGGAGGAGACGUUCUUGUUCUUGACCCAAUGGUUUCCAUGUUCACUGGCUUAUUCUGAUAUCAAAAAUAAAAUCCAGUGUCUUGUUUUGGAAAGUUAA